AUGAAAGUUGUCGCUAAGAAGUUGUUGCUUUUGUGGAAGAGAAUUCUCAAUAUGCCUAUGAUGCAGCCAGCUGUAAAAACAUCAUGCUUUCUGCCAAACGUUGCUCUGCCGCCUUUAACAAGAGUGCAAGAUCUGUUACCGCCACUGAGUGGAACGUUACGAAAAGGUGAAUGUGGUCGAAUUGGUGUUGUUGGUGGCUCACGCGUUUACACUGGAGCACCAUAUUUCUCGGCAAUAACUGCACUGAAAGUGGUAUGUUUGGAUAUGUUCAAGUGA